CACAGAGCUGCAGAAAGAGAGGGGGCAUUCUCAGAUUUCCCGACUUCUCCCAGCCGCUCCGCUGCUUCCACAUCACCGCGGCGAGCCGAGACGACACGCUCCUAGCUCGCCUCAAUUCCGCCGCCAUUAUAGAAAACGACCAACGUUUGCCGGUUGAUGUAGCGCUAAAAUGAGCUCCAACAGUCCCAAAUGACACCUACCGUGCUACCUCACUGCAGUGUUCCCAUCAACCCCAAAGCUCAUCCACUCAGCUUUCCCCACUGUGAGGAACUACAAGUCUUUCUACCCGUGGAUCCCUUUAACAGAAACGGAUGGGGCCAGUGCAGAUUUACAAGGUGACAGCCAGUUAUGCACUUCCUUGACACAAUCAACCUCCUCAGCCCGGAAGACAACAUACCCGCCCACUCCAAGCAAUGGCAUUUUUCUUUUGUUCCAAAAGUAGCAGUGGUGCGCAAGCCCAAAGUGACAUGUGCGAGUGCUGACGUCAUCUGCGCGAGAGCUUUGUUGCGGAGCAAGCCCUCUAAUUGAAUCCUUCGACUUUGGAGCCCGGGAUCAUAGGGAUCCUGCUGCCUACAUGACACCCGUGACCUUAUUUGCCUUCUGAGGUCAUUCUCCAAUCAAAAAUAUUAAUCAAAACCUACAGAGGACAUGGUUGGGAAGCUCUAAUGAUGGGCAGGUGAUGGAGUCUUCCAUCAUGUUUACCCACCAGUGACUUGUCCUGUCAGUUUCUCCUCUGAGGCACAAGUGUGUACCAGCGAUCUAAGGCCUCCCACUUCUCUGCCAUGGUGACAUAAGCAGCAUUGGCAAUAUGAGGGAGAGCCAACGUGAAACCAUCUCAUUUCUUUCUCCAGUAGCUGCUGCAGCUGCCAUCUCAACACCUUUAGUGGUUUGUUUAAAAAAAGACUAAUUUUUCCUUCGUGAAUAGUCAUAGCUCGUCAUUUUCAACCCUCCUGCGGGGGGGAGUGGUGUGGCGAGAGACGAUGCUGGGAUGCGUGACUCGCCUCCGUCGGCUGGUACGUCUCCUCCCUCUGCAGACAUCCCUCCUCCUCCUGUUUCUAUUCUGCACUGUCAGCGUCUUCAUCUCGGCCUACUUCCUCUAUGGCGUCAAGCGGGAGCUGGAGCCAUCAGGAGGGGGCGUGUCGGGGGCAGAGGGGGCGUCGGCCGACUCGGACGACCUAAGGGUCACGCCGUCUCGACUUUUACCCUUGCGGAGCGUCUCAGGAGGGCCCGGAGUCGAUCCUGCAGGGGCCAGGACAGAUCCUGUAGUUUUGGUGUUUGUAGAAAGUCAGUAUUCUCAACUGGGUCAGGAGAUUGUGGCCAUUUUGGAGUCUGGCCGCUUCCAGUACCGGACAGAAAUAUCACCUGGAAAGGGGGACAUGCCCACAUUGACAGACAAGGAGAGAGGACGUUUCACACUGGUGAUUUAUGAGAACAUUCUCAAGUACGUUAACCUGGACGCGUGGAACAGAGAGCUGCUGGAUAAAUACUGUGUGGAAUACGGCGUCGGCAUCAUUGGCUUCUUCAAGGCCAAUGAGAACAGUCUGCUGAGUGCACAGCUGAAAGGAUUCCCUCUCUUUCUCCACUCCAACUUGGGUCUGAAGGACUGCACAGUCAACUCAAAGUCACCCCUGCUCUUUAUCACCCGAUCCGGGCAGCCGCUGCCUGGUCCGCUGCCUGGAGAUGACUGGACCGUAUUCCAAUCCAACCACUCGACUUACGAGCCAGUGUUGCUGGCCAAAACGCAAUCGGCUGAGAGCAUUCCUUCCAUGGGGCAGAAUGUUGCUCUACUUCCGUCGGUGGUGCAGGACUUGGGCCUUCACGAUGGCAUCCAGAGGGUCCUUUUUGGGAAUAACUUGGUCUUCUGGCUCCAUAAGUUGGUGUUUGUGGACGCCGUGGCCUUUCUUACUGGGAAGAGACUCUCGUUGUCCCUGGAGCGUUACAUCCUGGUAGACGUGGAUGACAUCUUUGUGGGAAAAGAGGGCACCCGCAUGAAGGUGCCUGAUGUAAAGGCCCUGCUGGAGACGCAGAGGGAGAUGCGCACCCAUGUUCCCAACUUCACCUUCAAUCUGGGCUUCUCAGGGAAAUUCUUUCACGCUGGAUCAGAUGAGGAGGAUCUGGGCGAUGACCUGCUGCUUUCCUAUGUAAAGGAGUUCUGGUGGUUUCCUCACAUGUGGAGCCACAUGCAGCCCCAUCUCUUCCACAACCAGUCUGUACUGGCUGAGCAGAUGCUGCUCAACAAAAAGUUUGCCAUGGAGCAUGGGAUCCCUAUCAACAUGGGCUAUGCUGUGGCACCACACCAUUCAGGGGUGUACCCUGUCCACUUGCAGCUGUACGAUGCCUGGAAGAAGGUUUGGAGCAUCAAGGUGACAAGCACCGAGGAAUAUCCGCACCUCAAGCCGGCCCGCUUUCGGCGAGGUUUCAUCCACAGUGGCAUUAGCGUGCUGCCCAGGCAGACGUGCGGCCUUUUCACACACACUAUCUUCUAUAAAGACUACCCAGGCAGCCCCAAUGAGCUUGACAAGCUCAUCAAUGGGGGAGAACUCUUCCUCACGGUUCUGCUGAACCCGAUCAGCAUCUUCAUGACCCAUUUGUCCAACUACGGGAACGACCGUCUUGGCCUGUACACUUUUAAAAGCUUGAUGAUGUUUGUCAAGACCUGGACAAAUCUAAAGAUGCAGACCCUCCCGCCUGUACAGUUGGCUCAGAAAUACUUUAGCCUUUUCCCCUCUGAGAGAGAUCCGCUCUGGCAGGAUCCAUGUGAGGACAAAAGGCACAAAGACAUCUGGUCGAAAGAGAAAACAUGUGACCGCUUCCCCAAGCUGCUUGUCAUUGGGCCUCAGAAGACAGGCACAACAGCGCUCUACCUGUUCCUUAGCAUGCACCCCGACUUGACGAGUAACUAUCCCAGCAAAGAGACCUUUGAGGAGAUCCAGUUCUUCAAUGGCCACAACUACCACAGAGGCAUCGAUUGGUAUAUGGAGUACUUCCCUCUGCCCUCCAAUGCGAGUUCAGACUACUACUUUGAGAAGAGUGCAAACUACUUUGAUUCUGAGGUGGCUGCUCAGAGGGCCGCAGCUCUCCUGCCCAAAGCCAAGAUCGUCACAAUCCUCAUCAACCCAGCCGACAGAGCGUACUCUUGGUACCAGCACCAAAGAGCCCACGAUGACCAGGUCGCAUUGAAAUACUCAUUCCACGAUGUCAUCACGGCCGGCCACGACAGUCCGGCCAAGCUGCGGGUUCUACAGAAUCGUUGUCUGAUGCCAGGGUGGUACGCCAUGCACCUGGAGCGCUGGCUUAACUACUACCACUCCAGCCAGCUGCUCGUCUUGGAUGGACAGAUACUGAAGACUGAGCCUGCCUCUGUUAUGGAUAAAAUCCAAAAGUUCUUAGGCUUAACUAAUAUCAUCAACUACCACAAGAUCCUAGCGUUUGACCCCAAGAAAGGUUUCUGGUGCCAGUUGCUGGAGGGCGGGAAGACAAAGUGUCUGGGGAAAAGCAAAGGCCGCAGAUAUCCUGACAUGGACCCUGAGUCUUUGGCGUUCCUCAGGGACUACUACAGGGAUCAUAACAUUGAGCUGUCCAAGCUGCUGUACAGAAUGGGCCAGCCGCUCCCUAGCUGGCUCAGAGAAGAGCUGGUCCACACCAGGUAGCAGCCCAUCCGAGGAGAGAAACCAAGUCCCGCACGUUCAACAGCGAAGAUCACACCACAGUGUUGAAGGAGACCGUCUAUGAGGAUGCGAUGUCUAACCAGAAGUCAAAACAAUCACGUCUUCGUUCUGUGAUCUACCAUAAAGUAUAGGAAAUAAACGGACCAGUAAGUCAGAGAGCGCUCCUCUCGGAGUUUGGAGAUUCUGUGAACUCUUCAGCAUGGCAAGACGGGACCUCCAAAAGUCCUCUUCACGCCGAGGAACGUGAAAGUGUGUUAAGGAGGAGGCACUGCAUUCGCUUGUUCAUCCCCCUCUCCCUCCUUGGUGGAACCUUGUCUCCUACUUGUGAACUUGAAAGAAAAGGGCAAGGAUGUACUUCAGUUUUGGGUAUAUGGAAAUGGAGAGCGGCCGAAACCAGUGCCAAAGUACUGAACUUUGGGUUAAGGGACAAAAAGACAUUUGUUGUAAAUGCCUUUUAAAACGUGAGGAUGAACAGACAGUAGGCUGCAUGUUGUAGCCUUUUUUUUUUUUUUUUUUUUGUUAGGCCUUGCUAGAAUCUUGUAAUUUUAUUUCAAAAUGCCAGGACAGAAUCUCCAUGAAAUAUUACCAUUUGGACUUUUUUUUUUUUUUAACCCCUAGAUUUUUUGGUUUGUUUCACUGAGACAUUGUUCUGUAGAGUCGUGAUACUUGUAGAAUGUACCGAAACUAAACAUCAGAUUCCUCCUGCAGAGGGUGUCAAACCUGCUGUCACUUGACCACUUGAAUGGGCAAAAAAGCAGGAAGUAAUGGAUUCAUGUCAAAAGCACAAUAUUUCACGGUACUCGACAUACAUCUAACUGGAUAGCACACGAGCGUUUGGUUCCCAAUAUAAUCUGUGAAGAUCAUAAGCUAGCUGCUUUUUCAGAGACUCAGACAGCGUAAAGAGCGACAUUUCCCAUAGUUUUUCUUUCUCUUUCUUUUCAUGUCAAGAAUUAGUCACUGACGGGGUGGAAAAAAUGUCAAGUUGUCCCACGUAAGGCACGGCGGUGCCUCACCAGACAUGUUUUCUGUUAGGGUUUGAAGGUGUUAUCACUGCAACUUGAUGUCAAAAAUAGAUAGCAAAAAGCUGCUCUUACUGCAAUAGUUUUGUAAAAAUUCCAACGUAAGAAAAAAAAAAUGCAUACAGCAGUGGUUUUGAUUUCUUUGUUAAUGUACAUAACUGGCUCCUUUUGGGUAGACCUAAAUUAUUUGAAUGUGUUUGGCCCUCCAUCGGUGUGCAACGUCAGUGCUAUAGGGAAAAUCAUCGCGCUCGUUUCCUCACACUGCCAACUGUCGUCUCUACAUAUUAAGUAUUAACGUGAAAACACAUAACAGCAAUGAUGGUACUAAUAAUAUCCUGGACUGUAUGAUAAAGAUUUGUAAUUGUUGUCAAUAAUUUUUACAGUGUAACUAAUAUUGUCGGUGCUUUUUAAUUUGCAAAUAAAACACCACUGUAUUUUUCACAAUCAGGAUGUUUUUCCCCUCUGUACAUGCUUUC